CGAUUAGGGCGCAGUCCGUCUAUAUACCUACCCAAGUCGCCCCGGUUCUAUUGCAGCCCCUCCCCGUUUUGAUACCCUUCAUAGCACACUCCCUAUUGCUGUUGCUUUGCAGUAUUCAGUCACUCCUUUUUGAACCCUGGUUAUAGCGGUGUUAGAAAGACACACCCUAAAUACCCAUCCAACUCCUUCAUUUCGGGGACCGACCACUCUUCCCCCCUUAUCCAGCGGAUACAGAUUUCACUGAUCGACUCACUGGUCUGAACCAUAACAUUUCUCCACCAUGCAGUGGAAGUCACUCCUUCUGUGUGCCGCUAUCGCCGAAUCGGCCCUGGCUCGCACUCACGGCCACCAGCGCCGUCAACACGGUCACGGCCACGCCCAGGAGGCUCAUGUGGCCGCCCGUGACGUCGAAGUUGAGGUGCACACCGUCGUCAACAUCGAGCACGUCACCCUCACCACCACCGUCUACGGCCAGCCCACUGAAGCUGCCGAGGCCGCUACUACCAGCAGCACCAUUACUGAGGCAGCAGUCACCACCACCACCGACGCCGCCACCGCCGGAGCCUUUGUGGAAGUCGACUUGGACGAGGACCUCGCCAUCAGCGCCAGCCUGGGACUCUCCCUCUCCCUGGGCCUGGGCUUGGGCGACGACCAAACCAGUACUACCACCCACACCAGCACUUACACCAACACCAAGACCCACACUGCCGCCUCCCAGACGGCUGCUAGCACCACCGCCGCCGCCAGCAGCACCGGCAGCUCCGCCAGCGAGGCCUGGACCGCGACCCCCACCAACGGCGUCUUCUCGACCGCCGGAUUCGGCGAGCGCACCAACAGCAGCAGCAGCGGCGUCACCUACAGCGGCAACGUGGGCAACCCCUGGGGCAGCAACAUCCAGGAAGUCAGCGCCAGCGAGGCCUGGCAAUACAAGUACGUCAUCCGCAUGGAAGGCAGCAACACCAAGGACUGGUUCGUCAGCUUCUGGAACAAGAUCGGACCGGAUGGAAAGAUGGAUGGAUGGUACGGACACUCCGCGUUGAACUUCACCCUCGGCGCAGGCGAGACCAAGUACGUUGCCUUCGACGAGAACAGCCAGGGUGGAUGGGGUGCCGCGGAGGGCGACAGUCUCCCUACUGAUGACUAUGGCGGUUACUCUUGCACCUGGGGCGAGUUCGACUUCGGAGACACGGAUAACAGCGGCUGGUCUGGUUGGGAUGUGUCUGCUAUCCAGGCUCAGGAAGCCGAUCAGACGGUCCAGGGUAUGCGUAUUUGCCAGUACUCUGAUAAGCAGUGCUCGUAUAUCACUACUGACGCCGAGACGGUGGUGAAUGCGUACACUGCUUCUGAGGCGUCGGUGGAUGGUAUUGGUGGCACUUUGUCGUCGGGUGCGGUGCGCUUGACGGUUGAGGUAGAUUAUAGCUAGAUGUGAUGUUUCUUUCUCUUCGGUUGUUGAUGUCGAUGU